AUGGCAGAGAGAAGUAAGAAUUUCUAUGAGUUCGGCUACCUGGACGAACGGUUCGAAACAGUUUUAAGCGAGAACCUACACUGUGCCAUUUGUUCGUGCGUGUUCAAGGAUCCAGUUAUGUGCAAAAACGAGCAUUGUUUUUGUCGAGGUUGUAUCACCAAGCAUCUUCAAAAUUACCACACUUGCCCUUCUUGUAAUCAAGAUCUAACCGUGGAAUCGCUAGCAGACGCACCGCGCAUUCUAAGAAAUUUAUUAUCGGAACAAAGAAUUCGAUGUGAUCAUCACGAGCGUGGGUGUGAGGAAAUCGUUCAGCUUGGAAACUUGGCAAGUCAUGUCGCUGUGUGUGGUAAGGCUCCAGUUGUGUGCGCGAAUGAAGAAUGUUCAAGCGAGAUCAACAGAGAGGAUCAAUUUCGACACGAGAGCGAAGAAUGUCGAUUUCGUAAAGUGAAAUGUCGAAAUUGUGAAGAGAUGGGUUCCAUGGUGCAAGACAUUGGAACCAGUUUGGGUGGUCUGUGCGAGCAUGUAGCAAAAUUGAAUACAAAUGUUGAGGAACAGCGGAAUGAAAUGAAAACUGGUUUGACUGCACUGGAAAACAGGUUUGUCGGUAUGGAAACAAGGUUUGAGGAAAUGGGGAACAGGUUCGAGAACGUGGAAAACAGGUUUGAAGGAAUGGAAAGCAGGUUAGGAGAAAUGGAAAACAGGUUCGAGGAAAUGGAAAACAAGUUUGAGAACAGGUUUGAGGAAAUGGAAAACAGGUUUGAGGAAAUGCAAAAGAGGUUCGGGAAAGUGGAAAAUCAGUUGUUAAACGUGGAAGAAGCCAGAUUCAGGGAUGGACAGCACAGAGCAGUGUAUGAUAUGGAAAGCGCUCGUAGUGAUCAAGCCACUCCAGCAGAACCAAAUUGUGAUUUCAAAUAUGAGAAAAAUCCGAAUGAAUAUCUAUAUGUUGUGGCUGGCGGAUAUGGAAAGAAAGGAAAGAUACUCAAUUCUGCAGAAAUUUUCGAUAAAACCUCUCAUUCUUGGGUACAAUUGCAACCAAUGAAAACAUGUCGUGCCAAUGCAAGUUCGCUUGUUUACAAUAGCCAGGUUCUUGUCACAGGUGGUAACUCAGGUGACUCGGACCUGAGUAGCAUUGAACAGUUUAGUCGCAAUGCCAAUCCGUUUGUCCCACCUUGCUGGUCCAAUCUCGAAGUCAAUUUGCCCAGACCGUUAAGAGGACAUUACAGUGUACUGUAUAAUGACCGACUAAUUGUCCUUGGCAGCAACGGCGAUGAUAAAGAUCAUUCGUACUUGGUUUACGAAAUCCAACUACAUUUUCCUUUCACUACAAAGAUCUUGGCUAAUUUGCCUUCUUCAACACCCAUCAACGGUUGUGGUGUUGUCCUGGUGAAUGAAAAAAUUUUGAUUUUUGGAGGUUGUGCCAGAGAAAUACCUGAUCCAGCUACAUCUACUAACAUAAUCUGUCCAGGUACUGCCAAUGUUACCAUGUAUGACAUAACGAAGAACGAGUUUAAGAAACUUGCACCAUUGCCCUACGAG